AGUAUUGGGUUGAGUAUGGUUAGUCGGCCUCAAUGUCACCCGGAGUAUUGAGGUAUCCAACCUCACAAGAAAAUGCGGGAACAUGAGAAACCUCAUAACCUUGAUUUUAUCUCUCCUCCUGCUACCCCUGUCCUGGCAGACGGAGAAUCCAACCAUCUCAGGGUAUAUCAGGAGCAGGGGGGCGGGUAGGAUAUCUCUCCACCUUGUAGACCCGGAAAUAGAGAUAAGAUUGAGGACGGUAAAUACACUUGUCUCACCACGCUACUCGGUCUGGGUUCGGAAUGGGAGAAACACUACUGUGGAUCGAACCCAAUCCUUCCCAACCUGUAUUUACACCGGAGGAUAUUCUUCAAACGAUCUUGAAAUUCAAGUUUCUGUCUCAACCUGCAAUGGAGAAGUGGUUGGAACUGUAGAGUUGGACGGGGUACAGUUUACUCUUGUAACAAGUGAUAGAGAAAAGAGACAAGCUCCAACCAACCCGUCUGAUAAAGAUUUGCAAAUAUUAAUAAUUCAGAAGUCAAAUUCUGAUCAUAAAUGCGGAAUCAAUUCUCGUAAUAAGAAAAGAUUGAUGGUCGAAGAUCGUCCUGUGAUACGACUAAGCGAAGAUGUUCUUAGGAAGAAAAGAUCGACUAAAGAUCGUUAUAUAGAGCUUGCCGUGUUUAUCGACUCCAAGAUGUAUGAUAAUGUAGAGAAUAAUAAACAACCCGGAGAAACAACGCUUCAGAAAAUCCAAGAUAUUGUAUUCGCGUACUUAAACGCAGUACAGAUCAUCUACCAGUCCAGUAAACUGACAAACAAACUGAAACUAGUCCUACUCCGACUGGAUAUCAUGCAAACUCCGGACCCUAGUCUGAACACAAACAGCGGAGAAAUAGAAAAGUAUCUGGAAGCAUUCUGUGGUUGGCAACGGGGAAAGAAUCCCGGAGAUUCAGUCAAUGGUGAUAUAAACAACGACGACCACUGGGACCAUGCUCUUCUCCUCACUGGAUACAACUUGUUUGAUGGAACCCCGGACCGGGACAGUGUGAUUGGUUUAGCCUGGGUAUCCGGGAUGUGUCACCCCGACUACUCCUGCACUAUCAACGAGGGGAACAAUUUUGAAUCUGUUUAUGUGAUUGCACAUGAGAUGGGACACAACCUCGGAAUGAACCACGACGGAGAGACCGGGGAGGGAAACUCCUGUGACCCGAACUUAUCCUUAAUGUCUCCCGUCCUUGGUCCGGGUAAGGUUAGCUGGUCUCUCUGCUCAGACAAGGAGCUCAACGGAUUCUUAAACGACCUGAAAACGAAAGCGCAAGCGAUGUGUCUCAACGAUGUACCGACAGGAUUAUCUCGAUAUGAUUUCAGUCUAGGAGGAAAACAACCUGGGGAAAAGUUCAAGGCAAUAGAUCAGUGUAGACAGGCUUUUGGUUCUGGCUUUUCGCCGUACGUAAAGAUAGAAAGUCCAUUUGAAGAUCUGUGCCGAGAGCUUUGGUGCAGCAAUGUUACUCACGCUCUUAGAGCACAUCCUGCUCUGGAAGGAACGGAUUGUAGCUCUAAACCUUACCCGUAUGGUUCUAUUUGCACGGAAGGAUUAUGUUCUCCGUUUUCUCCAAUAGUAGCGAUACCUGUAGGAGAGGCCGCUCCUCCGACUACUGCGUCCACCCUGAGUACAAACGUCUCUCCGAACUCGACCAACCCUUCUCCUUCAAAUAAUAAAAGAUUUAAGAACGGUAUAGAUGAUUGUCCGGCCUGGUAUGAUCCCUUGUUUACCAAAGUAUUUACAAAUCUCCGUCUAGCUUAUGUCCAGGAGAACCCUUCAGUAUUCCUGAGCCAAUCCUCCCGGAAUCUUAGAACCCAUCAACUUGUCAACCCGGAGCAUACUGUAAACCUUACAGAGGACCGGGGUAACCUGAGUUUAACCCUGGAGAAAAGACACGGAGCGUCCUGGAGAAUCCAGGUUCAAGGUUGUCCCGUGGACUGUGGAGGGGGUUGGGCUGAGGUUGAGCAUAGCUGUGAGUUUAGCGGAGAGAAGGUUGAACAGCAUCUCUGUCAGGAAAUGGAGAAACCUGUGAUAAACCAACUGCCCUGUGGAACUAAUCCUUGCAAUAUUGAUAAAGUGUGAAAUUAAGAAAAUAUUCUGAAAAUAUGAUAUAUUUCAUAAAAAAGGUGUACCUCAUAUUUUUAUUUUUCCAAAGCAAUAGCAAUCAAAUAUUUUAACAAUUUAUUUUUGAAAAAAAAGAAUAUUUUAAAUAAAUUGUGUUCUGUCGACAUUUAAUCAUGUGAUGACAAUUGUGAUAAACAAAAUUUAUAAAAUCAAUAAAAUAAUAAUAUUUUUA